CCGGCCAUUUCUCUUGCCAACCAUGGCGGUGCCGACGACGACGCUAUCCCACCGUAGAAUCUCCUCCUACAGCCUCGUUGCCUCCACCGCCGCUCUUCUCCUCGUCUUCCAUCACCAUGUACCGUCCACCACGGCACAGCCGCUGCCGUGGCAGCUCUGCAACGACACGAGCGGCAACUUCACGGACAAGAGCGCCUACCAGGCCAACAUCAACCAGCUCGCGACCGCCCUCACCAACAACGCGUCCUCCUCACCGUCUCUCUUCGCCGCCGGCGCCGCGGGCAGCGCGCCGGACGUGGCCUACGCGCUCGCGCUCUGCCGCGGCGACACCAACGCCUCCUCGUGCGCGCGUUGCGUCGCCGCGUCGUUCAAGACCGCGCAGCAGCUAUGCGCCUUCAAGAGGGGCGCCACCCUGUACGACGACCCCUGCAUCCUCCGCUACGCCGACUGGGACUUCCUGACCAACACCACGGACAACAGGGGCUUGUACAUCGCCUGGAGCUACGACAACGUCUCCGCCGCGGUCGCGCCGGCGUUCGACGCCGCCUCCGCGCGGCUCGUCAACGCCACCUCCGACUACGCGGCCACGGACCCCGUCAGGCGGUUCGGCACGGGGGAGGAGCCGUUCGACGACGCGAAGUACCCCAAGAUCUACUCGCUGGCGCAGUGCACGCCGGACAUGACGGUGGCCGACUGCCGGGCGUGUCUGGGGGGAGUCUAUAGGAGGUUUGCGCCCACGUAUUUCGGCGGCAAGCAUGGCGGGAGAGUCUUUGGGGUGCGCUGUAGCUUGCGCUUUGAGACGUAUCACUUCUUCUCCGGUAACCCGCUGCUGCAAAUCCCGGGGCCGCCCGGGGCGCCGCCGCCAGCAGCGCCAGCAGUGAACAUGACGCCGCCGGCGACCGGGCAAGGGGGAGGAGGCCAUAAAAAUAGAACCAGACUGGUGUUGGCCAUUGCAUUGCCUUUAGCUGCUGCAACUGCAAUAUUAGCUCUCGCAGUAGCAUGUUUGUAUUACCGGAGUAGAAGAAGAACAACAGCGCAAAGGGACUCAUCAGGAAAGCCAUGUUCUCCUAGUCCAGAUGACAUUGAUAAGAGCAUCGAUUCGCUCCUUUUUGACCUACCGGCAUUACGGGCAGCAACCAAUAACUUCGCUGAAAGCAAUAAGCUUGGCGAAGGAGGGUUCGGUGCAGUUUAUAAGGGAAUCCUUUCUGAAGGCCAACAAGUAGCAGUGAAGAGGCUCUCACUUGGCUCUACACAAGGGUUAACAGAGCUCAAAACAGAGCUAGUCUUAGUUGCCAGGCUUCAACAUAAGAACCUUGUGAGGCUCAUAGGCGUUUGCUUGGAAGAAGACGAGAAACUACUUGUGUAUGAAUACAUGCCAAACAGGAGCCUCGACACCAUUCUUUUUGAUUCUCAGAAAAGCAAAGAGCUGGAUUGGUGGAAGAGACUCGAGAUUGUGAGCGGAGUUGCACGGGGCCUGCAAUAUCUCCACGAGGAGUCUCAGCUGAAGAUAGUCCAUCGAGACCUUAAACCAAGCAACGUGCUCCUUGACUCUGCUUACACCCCGAAGAUAUCAGAUUUUGGCCUAGCAAAACUCUUCCACAUGGAUCAGAGCCAAGGUGCCACUAGCCAUAUUGCUGGAACAUAUGGAUACAUGGCACCAGAAUACGCCAUGCACGGGCAAUACUCGGUCAAGUCGGAUGUCUUCAGUUUUGGUGUUUUGAUCCUGGAGAUGGUCACAGGGAGGAAAAACAGUAACUCGGACCAAUCAGUUGACCUCUUAAGCCUAGUAUGGGAGCACUGGAGCUCAGGAACAAUCCAAGAGCUGCUGGACCCAUUCCUGAUGAGCCACCGAGCUCCUCCAGACCAGAUGGCGAAGCUUGUCAACAUCGGGCUACUAUGCGUUCAGGACAGCCCUGCAGACAGGCCGCUGAUGUCGUCUGUAAACGUUAUGCUCAGCAGCGACACCAUCUCACUACAGGCCCCGUCAAGGCCAACAUUUUGCAUUCAGGAGACGGAAGACCAUUCGCGCCCCUACUCCGAUGCGUAUAAGAGGGCGCUGAAGCUGCAGUCGUCCACUGAUAGGGCAGCAAUGUCGCCGAACGAGGUUACGCUCACGGAGCUUGAACCAAGAUAAGCAUGCAUGAACGCCGACAAGAAUAUACAUAUGGCCGAAAGAUAUAUAUAUAUAUAUAUAUAUAUAUAUAUAUAUAUAUAUAUAUAUAUAUAUAUAUAUAUAUAUAUAUAUAUAUAUAUAUAUACUGUUUUCAAGAAUCUCAAGUCGUAUUAGAUAAUGUUUUUUUUUUCUGAAUGAACUGGAGGGGUACCCCGUACGGAUAAUAAUUUUAUUUGAAUGAAAA